AUGGCAAUAACUAAUGGCAGUCAAUCACAACAAGAACUUUUAGCUACCAGUGAUAUUGCUGCUAAUUCUAGUAAUAGCUUUACUACUAAUAUUGGAAACAGUAAUAGCAAUAUUGUAAUACGUCAUGUGCCAUUCUAUGUUCAAGCUGUUGCAUGUUUAUUGAGAUGUUUCUUACAAACUAUUCACCAAUUGACUACCUUAUUGGGUGAUUUAAUUUUAAAUGCUAUUGGUGGUUUCAUUAUUGCUGCUUUAUUUUCUGGAAAUUUAGUUUUCCAAGGACAAAGUUCUAAAUCCAUAUACGAUUCAUGUCCAUCUCAAAUGAAAGAAAUUUGUGGACAACCAAAUGUUGAUAGUAUUACAGGAUUUACUGGAACUCUUGUUUUGGCCAUGAGCUUGACAUCAAUUAUGAGUUCAUUGAAAAUAUUUGGUGCUGAGAAAGUUAAUUUCCGAAAAAGGGAAAUUGAAAGUGGAAUUAACACCAUGGUAUAUUAUUUUACCAAAUGCAUCUAUUCAUUGAUUUACAUUGUACUUGAUGCUUUAUUCUUUACAUUGGCUUUUUAUUUCAUUGUAAAACCAAGAGAAACAUUUGGAUUCUAUUUUUCAUUUACAUUUUUAGCAAUGUUUACAACAUUUCCAAUUGGAUAUAUCAUUUCAACUCUAUUAAGUGAAAGUGUUGCACAAAUUACUUGUGUAGUAUUUAUUUUUAUUAAUUACAUGUUUGCUGGUUUGACUCCUUCACUUCCAGAACUUUCUGGAAUGCCAUUACCAUUUCCAUUUUUACCUUAUUUAUCAUUUUUGAGAUAUCUCAAUGAAUUGCUCUAUGUUCAUGAAAUUGCUCACUAUAAUAACAUGUUUGAAAAGUCAAUUUCAUUGAAGGGAUAUGUGAGAGAGUUGGAUAAUUUUUACAUUUCCAUGAUUUUGAGUUUUGCCUUUGUUUUCUAUUUCAUUGGUGCUUUGGUCAUUUGGCAAUCAUGUCCAGAUUCUCUAUGUUUUAGUAUUAAAUAUCAAGGAGAGAGAAUUAUUCAAUGGAUUCUGUUGAAAUAUCAUGAAAUUACACAAAAAAUCAAAUGUUGUAAAAAAGAUGAUUAA